AGGUCACUUUUUGAAUGUCGAAGUUUUUUGUUGUCUCCUUUAAACUGGCAAAAAGGCAGAACUGUAAUCAGUCUCUAUAAUUAGAUUUUGAUCAUGGAGGGUGGUGGAAGGAGGCAAAGGUGGAAUAACAACAAAAGAUUUCAGAACAAGAAGCCAAAUCAUGUUUCUUGGCAGUGCUCGGUCCCCUCAUGGGAAAAGGAUUUCUGCAAAUACGAGUGCUCGCUCGAUUGGCAAAAACUUCUUCAGAUGAAGAAGUGCAUGCAUUUUUACGAUAACGUGAUAAAGUGGGAUGACUCGGCCGGUGAGGAGGCAUUUCGCCAUGCAAAAACCCGUUAUUGGGCCCAGAUAAACGGGCUUUCUUGCGACUUCCCGCUGCCCGAUCCAAAUCUUUAUAUCGAUAAAAUCGACUGGAAUUCCGAAAUUGCCCCUGAUGCCUGUCCCGACUCUGAAAGCCCACAGCCCGUUUAUUCCCCUAACACUGGCUGUACUGAGCCCGUCGUUAUCUUUGGAGACUCGUUCGCAGCGAAUCACGGGUUAUCCCUUGCAGGAUGGGGUGAUGAAGCCGAAAACUUCGAAAGCUCGGGCAAUCAUAAUAAUAAAUGCCACGUCAGCUACGAGGGGCAAAACUGGAAUCUUGGAUGGUAUGAAUAUGAUAAUGGGUGGCAAUAUGGGUAUGGAAACGAAUUCGGUAACUACGGUUGGAAUAGUAACGACUGGGGCUGGGGCUAUUAUGGUAAUUAUUACGGUUAUGUGGGCCCAUAUGUCGAAAACAAUGGUGGACAGGUGUCGAGCUACGAGGCUCUGGAGGCUCGUGCGGAUAAUAAUGGCUCGGGUGGAGCGUAUCGAGGGAAAGAAGGCGGACGAGAUGGUUAUGGAGAGUGGAAUAAUGGGUUGAGCUUGUGUGGGCCCACGGGUCAAGGUGUAAGAGCUCGGGAGAAUUGGAAACGUGUUUCUUGAGUGAAGACUCGGAAAAAAUCGAACGUGCUUAGUUCUUGAUGUAAGACUUGAGAUGCUCUUUUCUUAUUUUUGGCCAAGUUUUUAGGUGUAUAGAGAAGAUGGCCUUUGUUAGCUUCAGAGGAUAGAUGGAAUUUGGGGUUCAAAUUUGAUUUGAUGAGAUU